AUGCCUUCCACCAACGACGAGAAUAAGAAGAAGGUCGAAAGCGGAAGCGGCACCAGCUUGAAGGACAAGCUCAAGGCGCCGUUCCAGAAACUCGAGGAGAAGCUCGAGGGCACCCACCUGCAUGAUGCGAAGAUCCACAUCACCCACAAGAAGCACCAAAUUGGCAAAUUCGCCAACCUCUUCAACCGCAACCACCGCCACGACGAGGAGCACGAACAAGCCACCGACGACAAGCGCCAGAAGAUCCGCGACGAACACCGAUAUGAUUCAUUCUUUCCCGAACGCGACGGCAAUAUCAUUAAGUGGUAUGUCGAUGGCCGCGACUACUUCUGGGCCGUGUCGGAGGCUCUCGAGGCUGCUCAAGAGACCAUCUACAUCUGUGAUUGGUGGCUGUCCCCUGAGCUCUUCCUGCGCCGUCCCCCGCAUGACAACCAGCAAUGGAGGCUGGAUCAGGUCCUGAAACGACGCGCCGAGGCUGGUGUCAAGAUCUACGUUACCGUCUAUCGUGAAGUGGAGGCGGCCCUGACAUGCAACUCGGCCCACACAAAGCACGCACUCCACGGCCUGUGUCCCGAGGGUUCGCCAGGCUAUGGCAACAUUAAGGUCAUGCGACACCCAGACCACAACGUGUUGGAAAAUGCAGCCGAUAUGACUCUGUACUGGGCUCACCACGAGAAAUUCAUCGUCAUUGACUACCGCAUGGCUUUCAUCGGCGGGUUGGACCUCUGCUUCGGCCGCUGGGAUACGCAGACCCACGCGCUAGCCGAUGUGCAUCCCGAGGGUGUAAAAAAUGAAGUGUGGCCUGGCCAGGAUUUCAACAACAACCGUGUGAUGGACUUCAAGAAUGUUGACGACUGGAAGCAGAACGAGCUGAGCAAGACACGCUACGGCCGAAUGCCGUGGCACGAUGUCUCCAUGGGUGUCAUUGGACCUUGUGUUUACGACAUUGCGGAGCACUUUGUCCUGCGGUGGAACUUCAUCAAGCGCGAUAAGUACAAACGUGACGACCGAUACGACUGGAUCCAGCUGGCUGGACGGACGGGCGAGGAUGAGGAUCUCGUAGGAGUGCAACGGCCUAAGCACCCGGUUGGUGAAUACCUCAUGCACCCUCUGACACCUCUCGAGACGAAGAACCUUGAGAAUCGUGGUACUGUUCAUGCGCAGAUCGUGCGAUCCAGCGACGAUUGGUCCUCGGGUAUUCUGCUGGACCACUCGAUCCAGAACGCCUACUCGAAGACGAUUCUCGAGGCUGAGCAUUACGUCUACAUCGAGAACCAGUUCUUCAUCACGGCCACCGGAGAGCACCAAUCCCCGGUCCACAACACGAUUGGCCUCGCCAUUGUUCAGGCUGUGCUUCGAGCGGCGGAGGAGAAGCGCAAGUUCCGUAUCAUUGUCUGUCUUCCUGCGAUCCCUGGAUUCGCAGGCGACCUCCGUGACGAGGCGGCCAUGGGUACCCGAGCCAUUAUGGACUACCAAUACAAAUCAAUCUGUCGCGGCGAGCACUCGAUCUUCGAACAGAUCAAGGCUAAGGGCGUGAACCCUCGGGAGUACAUCUUCUUCUUCAACCUCCGUUCCUACGACCGUCUAGUCACGACUCCAGCGCUUCUAGAGCAGGAGAAGAAGACGGGCGUUUCGUAUCAGCAGGUGCAGCGUGCUGAGGCCGAGGAGAUCAUGGCCGAAGGUAUCCACGGUGCCGUGGACCCGACUGGCCACGGAGAGCGAGACGAGCACAUGGGCAGCGCGCAAGAUCAAGACCCCAACUUGGCGACACCCGAAGUGGAGAAGGCUCUCGAUGCGAAGCAGCGAUUUGAGGCGGCCAUGCCCGAGGGUAAGCUGACAGCCGCACCGUCCUUAGCGCAUCAUGCCAUGGCUGGCAACGAGCGAUCACUUUUGGACGAGCCUUGGGACGAUGAGGAUCUCGAGACCGAGAUCCAGAACUGGGUGCAGGAGGAAUUGUACAUCCACUCGAAACUGCUCAUCGCCGACGAUCGGAUCGUCAUUUGCGGAUCAAGCAACCUCAACGACCGUUCGCAGCUAGGUCUUCACGACAUCAAAAACUUUGAUGACUACGAUCGGUACCUGCCGCCGAAGGGUAUCAAAUCCGGCCAUGUCUACGACUUGUUCAUGCCGGCAGAGGAUGCGCGGAAGAAGAUCGCGCAGAUCAAAGGCCACCUGGUGUGGUUCCCGCUGGAGUUCCUCAGGGAUGCGGAGAUGGCCGAGACAGGAUUGCAGGUGAACCACGGUACCAACCCCGGCCAUGGGGCGCACUUUGCGAGCCUGCCGACCAGCUCGGGCGUCGUUCGCAGACUGCACAUUGCCGACGAGACCAUGGACACGGUCUUGCCCUCGCUGGGCGAGGAGCCUAGACUUCCACUCGCGAGUCUCGAGACCCUGACCCAUCUGGAACUGUGUUUGUCGGCGUGUGCGGAAAUCCUCGAAGAGAUCGACUACAAUGCCAUGCUCCGACUUUUGGCCACGGCGGCCAAUCUGACGCACUUGACAGUUCGUUUUGAGCGCAGCGCGCGCCACUGGUGGGACCUAGGCUCGUUCCCGCACUUUCCGAGCGUGGUAUCCAUUGACUUUACCGGCGUCGUGGACGAGGCGGAUGACUUUGUGGUCUCUCUGCGUAAACACGCCAGGGCACGACGGCGCGUGCGUCUCAAGGGGUGUUUCCUCGCCCCUGAGACGCUUCGUGAUCCGGCAGCCAUCCCGGAUCUGCGUCUCAAUCGAUUUAUCGUACUGCCCUGCAAGGGGGGCAAUAAAUGA